UUUUUUUUUUUUUUUACCCAAGCGGGGAAGCUUUGCUGUGAGUCAGUCUGUGGUUUACUUGAGAAUAUUGUUGACCCACUUCAGGAAAUCCUUAGCUGGCAGAUCAGUGUGAACCAUGAUGGAGGUCUGCAAUAUGAUUCUGCAAACACUUAACUGAAAGCAGCUUUUCUGACGUGUACUGCCUUGUUGCUGAUACCAGCAUCUGCUCCUGUAAAGAAUCACAUGAAGCUUUGGAUCAUGUGUCUCUUUCCUCUUGUCUGUCAUAACGAAAGGAUUAAUGAUUUUUUGCACUGCCUUAGAAAGCUGAAGGUGUUGCAGUGUACUAACAAAUGCCAGUUUUAGUGUAGCUUUGAAGCUAUAAUGUAUGCAUGGAAUUUCAGAGAACUGCAUCUCUGCUGAGCAUAGUGAAUUAGCAUUAGUGUUUGAUGGUGUGAAUUCAUACAACUUCUGCAAGCUGUUUUGUUUUCAGGCAGAGACUGUUAGCUUCUAUCAUAUGGACUGUACCUGCUUUUCUAAUUUUUAUUUUGCGAAAUUAAAAAUUGCAUAAACAGAAGAAGCUCGUUUCAGCAUUCCUCUUAAUGUAAUUGAGUAUUUCUGCAGUGAAAAGUUAAUGAUCUGCUUUGCAAGACAUAAAUGCAGCAGUGACCUGCUCUCCUUUAGAUGUUGCGGUAGUAGAAUGACUGAAUCUGGCUAUGGAUCAGAGUCAAGCUUACGACGCCAUGGCUCCAUGGUGUCUCUUGUUUCUGGAGCAAGUGGCUACUCUGCAACAUCCACCUCUUCAUUCAAGAAGGGCCAUAGCUUACGUGAGAAGCUUGCAGAAAUGGAAACCUUCAGAGACAUCUUGUGUAGACAAGUUGAUACUUUACAGAAAUACUUUGAUGACUGUGCAGAUGCAGUUUCCAAAGAUGAACUCCAGAGGGAUAAAGUGGUAGAAGAUGAUGAAGAUGAUUUCCCUACAGUGCGUUCUGAUGGGGAUUUUGUACAUAACAGUAACAGCAGUAAGGAAAAAUUGUUUCCGCAUGUAACACCGAAAGGAAUUAAUGGCAUAGACUUUAAAGGAGAAGCUAUAACUUUCAAGGCAACUACUGCUGGAAUCCUUGCUACACUCUCUCAUUGUAUUGAACUCAUGGUAAAAUGUGAAGAAAGCUGGCAAAAAAAGCUAGAUAAGGAGUCAGAGAAGAGGAGGAGAAUUGAAGAAGCAUACAAAAAUGCUGUAACAGAACUGAAGAAAAAGUCCCACUUUGGAGGGCCAGACUACGAGGAAGGUCCUAAUAGUCUGAUUAAUGAAGAGGAGUUCUUUGAUGCUGUUGAAGCUGCUCUCGAUAGACAGGAUAAAAUGGAAGAACAGUCCCAAAGUGAAAAGGUUAGAUUACACUGGCCAACAUCCUUACCUUCUGGAGAUGCAUAUUCUGCUGUGGGGACUCAUCGAUUUGUUCAAAUGCCCUAUAGUCGCUCUUCCUCCAUGUCUUCCAUUGAUCUAGUCAGUGCCUCUGAUGAUGUUCACAGAUUCAGCGCCCAGGUGGAAGAGAUGGUACAAAACCACAUGACAUAUUCCUUGCAAGAUGUAGGAGGAGAUGCCAAUUGGCAACUAGUGGUAGAAGAAGGAGAAAUGAAGGUGUACAGAAGAGAGGUGGAAGAGAAUGGAAUAGUUUUAGAUCCUUUGAAAGCAACCCAUGCUGUUAAAGGGGUAACAGGGCAUGAAGUCUGCCACUACUUCUGGAAUGUUGAUGUUCGUAAUGACUGGGAAACAACAAUUGAAAAUUUCCAUGUUGUGGAAAAUUUAGCUGAUAAUGCUAUCAUCAUUUACCAGACACAUAAGAGAGUGUGGCCAGCUUCUCAAAGGGAUGUGCUGUAUUUGUCUGCCAUCAGAAAGAUACCAGCAUUCAGUGAAAAUGAUCCUGAAACCUGGAUUGUGUGCAAUUUCUCUGUAGAACAUGAUAGCGCUCCUCUGAAUAAUCGCUGUGUCCGUGCCAAAAUAAAUAUUGCUAUGAUUUGUCAGACAUUAGUAAGCCCACCAGAGGGGAACAAGGAAAUAAGCAGGGACAACAUCCUAUGCAAGAUUACAUAUGUAGCUAAUGUGAAUCCAGGAGGAUGGGCGCCAGCAUCAGUUUUACGGGCAGUGGCAAAACGGGAAUAUCCAAAAUUCUUGAAGCGUUUUACAUCCUAUGUGCAGGAGAAAACAGCAGGAAAGCCUAUCUUAUUCUAGUUUUAGCAGCAAUUGGAACAAGACUGAGUGAGCAUUCCGUGUUGGAGAAGUGACCAUACAUAGAGCACUCCAUGCUGGAAGGAAGGAUCUACAGUCUUUUUAUGGCCCAAGUUCUAGGCUUUAUAUACUGAAGUGAAGAAGGUGUUGCAGCACCACGAAGCUGAAUAUUUAACACUAGCUUUCUCCUGCUAACUUUUCUUGCUGAAUCAGUGUGCAAUUAUAAAUACAUGUAUUGAUAACAUGUAUAUGGCUCUACUUUGAUUUGCUUGCUUUAAAAGAGGAAGAAUGCAUACAGCUUUGAAUCUCCAAUGUUACUGCUUUAAUUUUAAACAAGUUGCAGAAUUUCACUGUCAGCCUUCCUAAGAUACUCACACAGUUUUUGUGCAUGUCUAAAAAGCACAAAAGGCAAAUGCACAUAUAGCAUACUGUAUGUGGUGUUUCUGGGGGGAGGGAGGGACUUCAGUAAGGCCUAGGUGACUUAUUGAUAGGUUUUGUUUUGCUUUGUAUAAUCACAUUUCAUUGCUGCUGGUUUCUAUACUGAAUCACCUUGUCACAUAAAAUGUCAGUUAAUAACUGAGGGCUGUCAAUAUCCUUACGACUUUGCCUUUUCUAUUGUCUUACUCUUAUGACGAUCUUUGGUUCUGAAGGAGUAAGAGUGUGAAAAGCUUUAUUUUUUUUCAAGAUAUCUUUAUAUUUCUAUUGUAUUUUUUAGUUAUAUAAUAUGUGCUACAGAAUUUUUGUUAUUAAACACAAUCCAGAAAUAUCUAGGAAGAUUCCCUGUGAAAUAGCAAGAGACUUGCCUGAGAGCUAGAAGCCAUCUGUCCAUGAUGUAUGUGGACUGCUUUCUUGCAUGAUACCCAGGGCUUUCCUGAAGCUGUGAGAAGGUACACUAUGAUAUUUAUUGAAGUAAUUUGGACUACAUAGGACAAUAUUACCAGACUAGAAUGAGGAUGAGUACAUUAUUUUCAGAUCCUGCAUAUGUUUUCCUCAUAAUAAUAAAGCCAUGCUUUGAGGUUCAUGUAGAAAAUUAUUUCCCUCUUGAUCGAAACCCAUCAGAGCUAUAAGGAUGCACAGUUCUUAUCAGAAAGUUCCCUUUAGCUGCUGUGAGAAUUUAAAUGUCAUAUAUUUGCCUGCCUUUGAUUCUGGAGAUACACUUACUAGGAGAGGACUAUGGCAGACUCAUACUGACUUUGAGGUCUCUCAUCUGUGUCCAAUAGUUGGAAACUCUUCAGAGACCGCUUGGCAUUUCACUAACCUGUGUAUCUUGAGAAAAAAGGUUUUUUUUUCCUGGAAGAAAGCUGAAAGUCUUAUUUCAAAUAAUAUGGUAGGUGCCUGAAAAUAUAUAUAAUAUAGUAACUUCAGAUUUGGAAAAGAUUUAAGUGUGAUCUGCACAGUGUUGAAAAACUUUGCUCAUUUUCUCUGUAGAGAGGAAAUCGUAUAUAACACGAUUACACAUGCAUGCAGAUUUCAUGCUCCAUAACUCUUCCCUUUUUAUUUGCCUUUCUCUAAUGGUGUGCAUGGAAUAUGCCUUAUUACAGAGUUACUCUGUUGAUUUGAAUAUGUAGAAAAGUGCCUAUAUGGUAAUGCUGGUAAGGCAAAUAAGAUGAACAUUUGUGCAAGUUUACUAUAUCAUCAGUGAGCAUUUUAUAUGGAGAUGUAAAAAAAAAAAAAAUCUUAUACCUCAAAUGUACUUCAUCUUUUUACAAUCAACUAAGCAAUGGUACAUUCCACCACAGCCACUGAUGGGAACUUUAAAAAAAAAAAAAAAAUCAAAAAUACAGAGUUUAAGUCCUGAUUUGCCAUUUCUGGUAAUUGUUGGAACAUGGGAUGGGCAAGUUACUAAUUUAAUUGGAUAGCUUUAUUUUACAAAGGUAUGGAAAGUUUACAAAGCAGUAUAUAAACCUAUAUCAUUAGUUGCAUUUGCACUAAAUGUGAUGUACUUUUGCGAUAUAUUCUGUAAAUAAAAUUACACUGCAGAUACUAUUUGUAAAGAAUACAUUUUAAUUUUAGAUAAAGGCACUGGUACUUCACUACAGCUAGCCCUGCCCAGUCAGUUCUAAGAGGCUUCUCAAAGGUUAGGGAAGGAGUUGCAAGACUGAGAAAUUGGUAUUGACUGCUUUACAAACCAAAUUUAAAAAAUGCCGUUGUCUGUAGGCCUCUCAGAUUGUCUGUGUGUGAGUAGCCAUUAGAUGCUUUAUUCUGAAGGGGAUCUUGCUUUCAUCAUUUUGUAAAUUUGCACAGUCUCUUGAGCCCAUCCAUCUCUCUCUUCAGUCACUGCCACAUAUCUAUGCACUAUUGAGUAUACUUCUUCCUGUUAGUGGAUGGGUAGUUUUCAUACAGCUGUGGCGAUCUUUGCAGAGGCAGCUCCCGACUCUGGGAUGGAUGAAUUUUAUAAACUGAACCAGUUUGAAGGGUUGGGAACACCGUAAUCUUUUCUCUAUCAGAUCUCAUUCUCUGAAUACCUCUGUCCAUUCAGAGAAUUUGGAUGUUACCUGAUUAGAUAUGAAGGAAAUAAUCUGAUAUAACUUGUUUUGGGGAUGAGGAUGAGAUGGCCGUUGUCAUCUUGUCUGAGAAUCUGGAUAUACUAUUUUGACAAAUUUGUCUGUGAAAAACAUGAUGCACUUUGGAAAAAAAAUAAUUACAGUUUACUUAAUUGGGCUGAGCUGGCUUACCUGAAGUUGUGCAGAUUCUCUUUAAUCAGAUUGUCCACCUGUAUUUUUGUCAAGUUGUACAGAUAACGCUGUAUUUGAAUUGCCACUGUUCAUCUACAGAUUUAAAACAUGAAUCAUAUUUUUGAGUA